AGCGUUCGGGAGGAUAAAUGGAAGGCGGGCAGGUUGAGUUGAACACAAACACCUGUCGGUCUCUCUCUUGAGCACUGUGGACUGCAGAUACUAACUGUACAUCAUCACUCAACUGGAUUUAACAGGCGUGUUAAACUCUUGAAAUACUAUAAUGGCUUUCUCACUGUGGACUGCACUCUUUAUCUCAGUUGCACUAUGUGUGCUGCAGCAAGGGUUUGGAUAUCCACUAUCUGAACAGCCUGAAGCAUCUAGCAAUCCACCUGCUCUCAAACGGGUUCGUACCAAGCGCUGCUCCUGUAGCGACUGGUUGGACAACGAGUGCAUCUAUUUCUGCCAUUUGGACAUCAUCUGGGUCAACACACCAAGUAAGAUCACCCCUUUUGGUCUGGGAGGUCCUCUUUCCCGUCGCCGCCGCUCCACUGGCCGCUGUGAAUGUGCGAAUCCCACUGAUCGUACCUGUUCCAGUUUCUGUCACACCAGUUCAGAAAAUACAGAUAUGGAGUUUGUGACCCAACUUGGUGACCAGUCAAAUCACGUGGGCAAAAGCAGUGAUCAUCUACUGUCAACUCUCAGGAAGGUGGUUAAAGACAACCUCAUGACAGCCUCACGGUCUGCUUCACCCAAAAAGAAAUCCAAAACCAGGAAUCUCUUGAUCAGUUAGAGAGAGAUGAAACGACAGUCGAGUAAGCAUUUGAACAAAACCAAUCUUGGAUGAAGAGGAUGUGCCUUGAGAGAAGAAGGGGGCAGACAUGGCGGAUUCUCUGAAUUCAAGACAGAACUGAAUGCUGUGGCACAAACCCUCAGAUUCUUCAGUUGAGGUGGAGCAGAAACGUCUUUUUUCCAGUGUACAAGGAUGAUUUAAGUAGUGAAAAGAAAAACAGAUCACCUUCUGCACCAGUUACAUGGUGACAUUCACAAAUGAGAGAGUUGAAAUCUGAAAACAAUGUUGAAAUACUGCAACAUAGUUUUAUAAUACAAGUAAGAUUUGCAGGAAGUUAUGGUUUUAUAUAUAUAGACUGAAAGACUUUAGAUAUAAUCUCUAUCCUUGACACUGACUAUAUUUAUUGAUGUUUUAUUUUAAUAUACUUUAUUUAUGAUAGUUUUUCUCUGUAUCAGAGCUUAAUUUUAAUAUUUAUUUAUUUAUUUAUAUAUUUAUUUAAAUUUUAUUUGGAAAUGAAUGUGUCUGAUGCUUUCUAUGAUCAACUGCUCAAGAAAGUGUUAAAAAAAGAGAAAAAAGCUGUAGUCGUAAGGAAUGUUUAUCUCUUUUCUUUUUUACGACUUUUCCUUCCCUCCAUUUUUCCUCUUUUUUCCCUUCAGUGAAGGCGGAAGUAUUUAUUGCAUACUUUCAGUCGGGUGUUUUUAUUGUUCAGAUACCAGCAAGUUUCAAUAGCUCAACGCUUGCCAAAAAAUGCUGUUAUUGUUUUCCUAAAGUACAAACCGGCUUCUACUGUCUGCUGGGUCCAUUAUGUAAAAGAUUGUAGUGCUAUGUAGAGUUCCCAUUACUGCCUCAAAAUACCAUCAAUUAAAUGGAAACUAUUCAUGA